CCAGAAGCUCUGCCAGAUGUCAAAUUCUCAGCAGUUUUUCGGAGAGGCGUUUAUUAAUUUACAUUUUCUCUUAAAAAUUGCAGUGAAUAAUCGUUAAAAAUGUUAGCUUUGAUCAAUCGUAUCCUUGAUUGGUUCAAAAGCUUGUUUUGGAAGGAGGAGAUGGAACUUACGUUGGUGGGAUUGCAGUAUUCGGGAAAGACAACUUUUGUUAACGUCAUUGCUUCUGGUCAGUUCAGUGAAGAUAUGAUCCCCACUGUUGGCUUCAACAUGCGCAAAAUCACCAAAGGAAAUGUCACAAUCAAGGUUUGGGACAUCGGUGGUCAGCCGAGGUUCCGUUCUAUGUGGGAGAGGUAUUGCCGAGGUGUCAAUGCUAUUGUAUACAUGGUGGACGCGGCCGAUCAAGAUAAGAUCGAGGCGUCCCGCAACGAGCUGCACAGCCUGCUGGAGAAGCAGCAGCUGACCGGCAUACCGGUGCUCGUGCUGGGCAACAAGCGCGACCUGCCGCACGCGUUAGACGAGCACGGGCUCAUCGAAAGAAUGAACCUUUCAGCUAUCCAAGACCGGGAGAUCUGCUGUUACUCUAUCUCGUGCAAAGAGAAAGACAACAUAGACAUCACCUUACAGUGGCUAAUCCAACACAGUAAGUCUGGCAGUGCGCGCUAAACGCACCGGCGGGCUGCUCGGUACAGACGGCGGCCGCAUGUGUACACGCGUCGGUCGUUUCAAUAGUCCUGUAACUACAUACUCACUUCAAAUUAUAGAUAUAUGUAUAUUGUAAAUAUUAUAUCUAUAAUUUUGUAAUAUUUGCGUUUUGCUGUCUCGAGGAAAUUAUGUGACGUCAUUUAUGAUUCUGCUAAUUUACAAAUGCUUCGAUAGAUUGUCGAUAGAAUAGUUUUCCACAUGAUAUUGAGUGUAUAAAAUUUUUUACACAUAUGAAAUGUAAAACAGUUUUUACAUGUCAUAUGUGUAAAAGUCACGUAAAUUAUUUUACACAUAUGAAAUGUAAAACAGUUUUUACAUAUCAUAUGUGUAAAAGUAACGUAAAUUAUUUUACACAUAAUAUUUUAUGUAACACUUUUACAUUAAGUACUAUGUGUACAUUUUCCAUCAGGUAGGUCAAUGGCUUGUUUGCUAUUAUGUAUAAAAAAAAAAUAUAUUGUAUAUAUAGACAAAUGUUGUGAGCGAGGGAUAGACAGUAGAGUCCAUCUUUAAACAUCUCUAAAAGCCUAACUGCGAUUGCCAACCCGCCUGCCAAGAGUGGUAACUAAUAGCAAAACUCCCCUUAUGAGGAAGGCUUAUGUCCAACAGUGGACAGCUAACGGCUGAAAUAAUAAUAACAUAUUGACAAAUACACAUUUUGAUGUAUAUUUUUAUAUGUUUGAUCUGUAAAACUAAUUUGUCGGUACUGUUGACGAAUUUACACAUUGGAUGUGUAAAACUGUUUUUAUACUUGUUUACACAUAAAGAAACAUCUACGUUUUACAUGUUUUAUCUAUAAAACUGUUGGUUGUUGACAGGUUUACACAUUUGAUGUGUAAAACAUAAUUAUUAUCCAUACUAUAACAGUUUUACACAUGUGUAAAAGUAUUUUAUCGACAAUAUGAAAAGUUUUACACAUUGUUGUGUAAAAAUUUAAUAUGUAUUUGCAAAUUAAGAGAACUGCUCACUGGCUUAACAUGUUUACAAUUUGAUGAAAAUUUGUAAUAAUUUCGCAUGUUAUAAGUGUGAACGUUUACAAGCUGUAAACGGUAUGUUAUUGAAAAGACCAUGUAUGUAUAAAUAUAAAUUGUUGUGUAUGUAUUCGUCUUGUUGAAACGAUUGAUGCGCGCGCACUUAAACAGCGAGUGGGGCGUAGUGUUCAGUUCCACAGAUAAUAUGGCGUACUGCGUUUCUUAUUAGAAUUGUCUAUGGGUAUAUUUAUGUUACUAAUUAACGGAAAUUUUAUUAAUUAGGCUUGUAGUUUCCGUUGAUUUGUCAUUUUUAUAUAAAUAUUAUAUGUAUAUAAGUAUAGCUACCUAAUCUAAUCCUAUGUCUAAUUUUGUCAUUAAAUCCAGUCUAUACAAAAUAAGGGUCUAACCAUGUUACUUUAACGCUCAAUAAAUGUAUUCGGUUUCUAUGUUAAGCCUUUAAUUUGUAGGUAUGUGACAUUCAAUAGCAAAUUAUUCCUCGAUUGAGGUGUUUAUAAGCGCUCAGCUUACAAAUUAGAAUUAUUUGACGUUUAAAAAAUAUAUAUAUAUAAAUUGUCAAAUGACGUCAUUUUCAUGUAUGGUACUCCUGUGGGGUGACAAAGGAAUAUUUAUACAGACAAGCGCUCCUUCCCUCCCCGCCACACCAACCACGCCCCGCGACCAUCUUAAGGCGUGUUCAGGGUAAUCAAACGUUACAAAUAUUGGUAAAUAGUAAUAUUAAUUUUUUUUUUAUUAGAUAUGGGUACUAUGUACUUGAAAAUUCGUUUGUUUAUGUUUGCUGUCAAUACAGCCGACUGUCAUAAUUUUGCGGCAAGUAAAAUAAAAUUUAGAAAAAAAAAAUAUAUUCACGGAGUUUAAAUUUGCAUUAAAUAAAAUGACAAAGUAUUCAUGUAACACCACAAGCGUUUAGGAUUUCUCUCAACGCUUUCCGAAUUCUCUCGGUGCUUGUCAACACAUUUUGAAGAAUUGAGUUGACAUAUCUAGUGCAGUGAAGUGAGUUGGCGCAAAUGCGUAGUGUUGUGCAGUGUUCUAAAUUUAAAUCCUCAUUCGAGUGCCGCUGCUCAACUCUAUGCAUGAAUCUGACGGGCUAUAAACUUUUUUUUUUUUUUAAUAAUGUAACGCAGUACCGCCCUAAUUGUGAUGUAUAGUUGACUGAGCUACGCCUAACUUCGCGAGUGUUAAGUAAUGUUGUUCCAAUUGAAUUAUAGCCUUAACAGAGAUGCUGUUUCGCGUAAUCACAUAACCAAGUUCACAGAUGACAAUCGCAAUUCGAAGCGUAUCUUGUGCGAACCAUACUUUUUUUAAGAUUCUGUUUUACCUAUGAAUAGGGAAGGCGAAAGGACUAAGCCUAUACAGCCGUUGUCUUCUGUUAUUUUCUGGUAUUAGAACCAUAAACGUUCCUUAUAAGAUUCUUAUUUUAUUUUUUUAUUGUAUAGACAAUAAAACUUUUUAAAUAAAGAAAGAAAUAAACAAGAGUCACGACGUCGCUGUGUUCUCUCAAGUAUAGUCAACAGAUUUUAAUGAUUCGUUUUUUAUCAAAAAGUUACGUAUUGUCUGGUAGUAUAAUGAUUAUGUUAUCGGAAGGGUACGGUAGUUAUUAAUUAAAAAUUGAAGUUUGUUGUUGUUGAAACAUUUAGUUUGAUGAGAUUUGUCAAUAAAUCAUUUUGUUUAUGUGAUUAUAUGGGAAGUGUCUCGAGUGGGCCGUUAUAAACAAAUUUAGCUUGGGUUAAUGCACUGCAAUGGGUGUGGCAUAUUUUUUUCAAAUCGUUCUACCUAAUAUGUGAAACGGUGCCAAUAUAUGCUUAUAUUGAUUUUGAAUGAUAAUGAAUGAAAUAUAUUUUUUAUGGCGGGAAGAAAAACGCACAUUCACUUUCAAUUACAAAUGGAGCAAAUUUUUUUUUUCUAUAAUUAUCACAUGGAAUCAUAUACUAUUUUCAUCAGGAAUUAACCAUGAUAGUUUCCAAGGGGAACCGCGGGGAGGUCGACCUGGUUGGGUAUAUUGCUAGCAAUGGGAUUCUCAGUCUCCAUUACUAACAAUCCCUUUCCCCACUACGGUAACCACUUACCACCAGGUGGGCCGUAUGCUUGAUAUUUUCUUAUAUUUCAAUUAUUUUCUGUCCAUAUAACUAGCUUAUAUUAACAUUUUUAUUAUUAUUCAUUAUUAUUAAAUAAAAUAAUGUGUCUGUACAUACCUGUUUUAUUACCUAGCUUUUUGUAUGUAGUUUAAAUACAAAAUGUAGGUAAUUGAGUAUAAAACUGAAUAUGGUGAGCAUUUAGUGUGGUACCUACAAUCUGUCUAUUAUAGUAUGUAGAAAACAGUAGGAUUGGGCAAAGCGUAUAUAGUUACUAAAUCUAUAUACUGGAACUGCAUAUGUAUAUAGUAUACGAGUAUACUCAAUAACGGAUUUUGUUAUCGGUUAUCCAAUAUAUAAUAUCGACAUUAAGAACCCAUUGGAUGAUGAUUGGAUGACCUUUUAUUAUCAUCAAUGUCCAGGAAAACCCAAUAUAUAGAUAUUAGUGCGGUAUCGAUACUGUCCAAUGCCUAGUAGACAGCUUGUUAAUAAGUAUGUUUGAAGAGUAAUAGAUAAUUGUAUUUUAAACUCAAAUUCCUUGGUCUAAGGUUACUAGUAUCACAGAAUAGGAUAAACAAUGUAAUAGUUUAUCUUAUAUUAGUUACUCUGUGGUAGAAUCUAUUAUUUUUCUCCCGCCGUAAAAAUAAAAAAGUAUAAAAUUAAAUGGGGAUACUGACUGUGAAAAAAAAUAUUGAAUGAUGUCACUUUCUACUUUAAAUUGUAAGAGAGAGAGAGAGAAAAGGCAUCGUCUUGUUUGCUAAAAAUAUUCCUUCUGCAAUCUCCAUUAGGUUGUUUUUCGAUGGAAGUACAUUUUUAUAGAGAAUAACUUGCGUAUUGAAAAAAUGUUGCCACAUUCCAAAUUGUACGCAUGUAUUCAAAAUGUAGUGGCGAUUAAACGGAAUUAAAUAUGACAUAUCAAAAAUUUUGUUUUUCUCCAAACCAAGACCCGGUCAUAAAGUUAACGUUUCGUUUAAUCUCCCUAUUUUUUUGUAUAUUGUACGUAUUACGUUAGACUAUUUAGAUUACUUAAUAAAAUUAGCGUUAAAUUAUAAUAGCCCAAGUUCCCCUCGUUGACUUCUGCAGGUAUAAAACUUUUUAAUAAACCUUGUUUUAAAUGAAAGUUGAGUUAAAUACAAUGCAUCUGGGUUGCCUGCUAAAAUUUGCUAAACUCAUGCUUUUUAAUAAAACGCUAAAUGUAUGUUUAUUUUUUUUUUCUAUACUACAACAUAGGGUUGCCUAUAUAAAAACGACCGCAAGUAAGGAUUGCCACCUGAUAAUCUAAAUUGCGGCUGGAUAGUAGGCAAUUGUGUAUUAUAUUAUAUUUUAGCUCAUCUUUCAUUUAAUUAAACCAAGUUUCAUUAAAAAGUUUUAUACAUGCAGAAAUGAGCGGCGAGAUCUCAGGCUAUAAUAUAAAUAUAUCUCAUAUUGUUAGCUAAAUUAAGUUAAUAAUAUAUUGCGUGAGACUAAUUUAGCUUUAUCCUUUGUUUAUUGCUGUAUAGUUUGUACACUUAUUAUAGAUAUAGAAAUAAAUUAAAAAAAAAAAGCUCUAAUAGUACGUUAAUAUUUUCCUGUAAAAUUAGACUCACGCAUAUUAACAAUUUGUCAAAUAUAGGAAAAGUCACUAGAUGUGUACGUAAUUGAUAAAAAAAAACCGCUUCGGAUGCACGUUGUGUUUGUAUUUUACAAAAGGUGUCUCAAGAUGGGCACAAUGAGUGCGUUUCAAUAUUUAUUUUUGAUCAUUCUGUUCGAUGAUGGAGGUGAUUAAUAUAAGAUUUCUAUUGUAGACUAGGGGCUAGCAACCGUGUUUAGGUUUUUUUUUGAUGGGUGAAAAUGGUAUGGUAACCCGCCUGCGCUAACGGGAUACGCUGGCGGAGCACCAGUGAAGGGUGAUAGAUGAGAAUGAAAACAGGCCAGUUAGCCCAUCAUGAUGUAUUCAUCAGGCAUUAACCAUGAUAGUUUCCAGGGGGAACCGCGAGCAGGUCGACCUAGUUGGGUAUAUUGCUAGCAAUAGGAUUUUUAGUCCAUUACUAACAAUCCCUUUCCCCCCAACCAACCAUGUUUAUGUUGUCACACAUCCCGAUCACAAAAACAAAUUAUUGGGAUUUUCAAGGGCCUAAUAAAAUCUAGCUGUCAUCAGUGUUGUCUCUACAAAUUUUAUGUCAAUAGCACCUUUAAAUGCGUACAUUAUAUAUAUGUUUCUAUUAGGUACGUAUGUAUUUUUUUUAUUCAGAAAUAAUUUGAUUUUUGUUUUGGUAAUAUUUUUAUUUUCAUUUGAACUUGAUCGAAUUAUAUUAGUUUUUAUGUUGUUAGCCCCUGGUCUAUUAUAAGUAGAACCUUCGUCGGUUUUUUUUUUAAUUUAAAUGUAUCGCAAAUAUACUCAAAUUGUUUGUAUAAUUAAUACAAAGCUACGAUUUAUGUAUCUAGUUCAGCGGGUCUACCGUGAAAUGAAAUUCCGAAAUGUCGGACUCAAUUUCGUGUUUUUGUUUAUACCAAAAUCGGACCAAUAAAUGGAGUUUAACAUUUCGUUCGUCAUACACCCUAUCAUAAAAGUCCAAAGGAACAAUAUUUCAACAUUUUUAAAAUUUCCAAACUUCAUGUAUUAUGUAAUUUUAACAUCAAAUUUGUGUUUCGUUUGGUUCCGAAAUUUCGGAAAACAUUUCAUGGUAGGCCCUCAGUAUAUCAGCCAAUAACGUUUAAUUUUAACGCAGUAUAAAGCAAAAUGUUAGUGUCCACGUCAUACUUAUCUGAUAUGUUUGAAUUGUAACAUGCAGGUAUUACAAGGGAUGUGUCGGUAAAAUCCAUGACUGCUAUCAAUGUGUUAAACAAUAUUAUUUUAAAACCAAUAUUAAAUUAUACGAAAUCGAUGCUUGUUUGUAAUUUUAUACUUUUUUUUUUAUACAACUUAGAAUGGCAAACAAGCUGACGGUUUUCGUUAACAAACUGCCAAAAUUUCCUUUUCAUUUUAUGUUACCAGAGGGAGACUGUACAAAAGUCGAUUGCUUGGGCACCUCUGUCCCAUUUGUGGUUCUACCGUCAAGCAGUUAUGUUUGCAUGGUUGUGUUUCGGUUUGAAGGGUGGAAUAUGGCAGUGAAUUUACAGGGUACAGAAGAAUAACAUCUGAGUCCUCAGAAAUGACAAGGCAUGAGGGGUAUCAUGGGUGAAACAGUAUACUCUGUUAUGCUCAUGAUACUGCUCAUGUCUAUAGGCGACGGUUACCACUUUCUAUCAGGUGGGCAGUCAGCUUGUUUGCCAUUAUAAGCUGUUAAAAAAAGGCAUUAUGGUAAGUGGUUACCGUAGCCUAUUAUGGUAACUACUUUUUUUUUUUAUGGGCGAAAAUGGUAUGGUAACCCCGCCUGCGCUAAUGGGAUACGCUGGCAGAAUACCAGUGAAGGGUGAUAGAUGAGAAUGAAAACAGGCCAGUUAGCCCAUCAUGAUGAAUUCAUCAGGAAUUAACCAUGAUAGUUUCCAGGGAGAACCGCGAGGAGGUCGACCUGGUUGGGUAUUAUGCUAGCAAUGGGAUUCUUAGUCUCCAUUACUAACAAUCCCUUUCCCCACUACGGUAACCACUUACCAUCAGGUGGGCCGUAUGCUUGAUUGCCACCUCAGUGGUAUAAAAAAACUUACCUAACUUCAACAACAACUGGUACAUUGACACUGUUCACCAUUAGUAUGAUGGAAUGAUAGCCCGCCAAACGGGUCUAUCAUUCCAUCUUUAUUCAUUAAAAUCCUUAUCCUUAAUAAUAUUAUAAAUUUUGACGUAAUAACUGACGUGUAAUUUGGUCGAGAAACCUCGAUUAGUAUUGGGACCGUUCGGGACCCUUAGUCUUGAGUGGCUGUGACGCGAGCGUAAGCCUGAAUUGGCGCCUCUACCCGAUAGGUGCGGCCUGUAGGCGUUCGCGGUACCAUCACAGAUAAGAAAGAUGGCAGUCGAGCUCCAGGAUAGAACGUAGUCAAGUUUUCUCGACUAAAUUAUGUACACAUAAGUUAAACCGGUAGUUAUUACAUUAAAAUAUGUGUACUUAAUAAACUUUUAACAAUGAAAUAUUACAAAUGUGAAAGUACGUUUGUUUGUUUGUUACCUUAUAGCGCCUUAUCGGCUUAACCAAUCGCUAUGAAUUUUGGUACACACGUAUUAUAUGGGAUAGAGAAGGAUAUAGGAUGCUUUUUAUUCCAGUCAGUAAAUACCGGUCACGCGAGCGAAGUCGCGGGUAAAAGCUAGUAAACCAUAAAUUAAGCAUUUAUUAUUUGAAGAUAAAAUAAGAUAAAUGAUAACACAAAUUAAAAAGCACACGUUUAUUUUUUUUUUCAUAAUAUAAUAAAAAAAUAAUUUUAAAUAACAUUUUGCAUAGUAUAAUUUUAUAUUUAAACGAAAUAUUUAACCUAUAAAAAAUACUAUAUGUAGUAUGUUAAGGUAGUAUGGAUAUAGAAUUUAAAGCGAGUAUAUUUGAAUAACUUCUUAUAUAAAUAGUCAUAAAUUAAUAAGUCAAAAAUAAGUAAAAAAAAAUAUACCGAAUUCAAUUGUGACAAAAUCAGUUAUUUUAAUAAAAAAAAAUCUAUAAUAUCUAUUAAUAUCAUAUAUUACAUUAUUUUACAGGAAAAAAAAUGUGCAAUUUACUGAUCUAUCUUAAUAAUUUGUCUUAAAAAUUAUAUACAUGUCAUGUAUGACAUGACAUGUAUAUAAUUUAAAAAAAAAUGCAUCCAGCUGUUAAGUUCGCGUAGGAGUUUCACAUUUUUGAAUAAAUAUUUCUUAAAAAACUUUUGUUUUUCUGGUGGAACACUCCUUUGAAAUAGUUUUAAGCUUGUGAUUUCGAGUACACCACGCAUAUUGCGUUGCCAGACUGGUAUUGCCCUUUUUAAUGCCUUAUUCAUAAAAAC